AUGCCUGGGUGGGGCGCGCGCUACUCUGCUGGGUGGCGGGCGCUGGUCUCUUGGGGCGCGCGCUGCUCUGCUAGGUGGCGGGCGCUACUCAGCUGGGGCGCGCACUGCUCUGCAGGGUGGCGCGCGCUACUCUCCUGGGUGGCGGGCGCUGGUCUCCAGGGGCGCGCGCUACUCUGCUGGGUGGCGGGCGCUACUCAGCUGGGGCGCGCGCUGCUCUGCAGGGUGGCGCGCGCUACUCUGCUGGGUGGCGGGCGCUGGUCUCCAGGGGCGCGCUCUACUCUGCUGGGUGGCGGGCGCUACUCUGCUGGGCUGCGCGCUGCUCUGCUGGGUGGCGCGCGCUAUUCUGCAGGGGCGCGCGAUGGUCUUUAG